AAUUAUUAGCAGUAAAUUUGCCUCAAUUAUCUAAAGAUAAACCUAAUCUGUUUAGUUGUGUAGUAUUGUGCUGCAGAUGUUUCUGCUGCAUUGUAGGGGGCGGGGGAACAAAAUUCGCGGUUUUCACCGGUCAAGAUUAGUUGUGAUAUAUAUAUAUAUUUUAAUUUUUUGGGGGGCUUUUUAUGCCACCAUUCGGACAGACCAGGGUAGGAAAUCAAGAAGAGAGUGGGGAAUGACAUGCUGGAGACGCUAUGGAUCAUGGCCUCCGAACCUCCGCCGGGCCAGCACCGUCUCAGCACCGCCUCACCUAUUUCUAACAUUAGGAAUUGUCUAAAGCUGCCAGCAAAGAAAAGUGAAUAAAAAAACAUCUUCCUCUUCGCUUUGGUGGUGUAGAGUGAAUAAAAACUGAUGUAAAAUCUAGCAUGGUCUACUGCUUGAGCAACACUUGACUAUUUUGUAGUAACAGAAUGACGGUAAUACCCUUUUUGGCUGACUAAGGUUUCCGUAGCUCGGCGUCCCUUUCCGUUGCUAUGGAGACAUGGUUGACACGAGAUUACUAUAUGGCGAAAAAUGACACACAGAAAGGAAAAGAAGAAAUGUGCGAUGAAAGGAGAGACACAAAGAGCACAGGAGAGGAGAGAAAAGAAAAGGUCGUCGAGCAGAUUUGAAGGUUUGAAUUCAGCGGAGGAGGAACAGCCCGAGAAACACGAUAUUCAUGAACUCCCCUCCCUUAUUAACUUAACUGUGCAGAGAUAUGAAGGGGAAACCUGUGAAGGACAGUUUCAUGGAGAAGGGCUCGCUUGUUUUGAAGGAGGACAUUUGUACAAGGGGAUGUUUGCCAAGGGACUCAUGGAUGGACGAGGUGUGUUCACAUGGGCAGGUGGCGUGAAAUAUGAGGGAGAAUUUGUCUGCAACCAGCCCCUGGGUGAGGGCACCUACACCUGGCCUGACGGCAGCUCCUAGGGGGAGGUAUAUUAUGGUAUACGCCAUGGGACUGGAACUUACACAUGUGCAACAAACAGAGUGUCAUACAUAGGGCAGUGGGACCAAGGCAAGAGGCAUGGAAAGGGUGAAGUGUAUUACAACCGGGAUAAGACAUCUUGGUACAAAGGAGACUGGGUGAAGAACAACAGAGAGGGAUGUGGAGUGAGAUGCUACCCCUCUGGUAACAUUUACUCUGGUGAGUGGAAGAACAACCUGAGACAUGGGGAAGGCAAGAUGAGGUGGACACAACUGGGAGAGGAGUAUGUUGGGAUGUGGCAGAAUGGAAUCCAGCAUGGACGAGGCACACACACCUGGAUCCUGAGGCGAGCAGAUGGAUCCCAGUACACCCAGAGCAACCAGUACACUGGGGACUUUGUUCAUGGUCAGAGGCACGGGCAGGGGGCCUUUAAAUACGCUGGUGGAGCCAUCUAUGAAGGAGAAUGGAGGGACAAUAAAAAGCAUGGGAAGGGAAAAUUCACAUAUAAGGAUGGGCGUGUUUUUGAAGGAGAGUUUGUGAACGAUCAGAUGAUGACAGAUAUCGUGAAUGGAAAAAGAGCUCCCACCCCUUUUUGUGGUCCGUCCCCCCUGCCAGGCGCUGAUUCCACGAUCUUAGGACCAGACAUGGCUCUGAACAUUCAUCGUCUUCUGGAGAAGAUCCCAGAGAGAAACAGUGAAGCUGAGCGGGGACAGGUGGAGUUUGUGGUGCUGAUGCUGGCCACAGAGCUCAGGUCGGUGUACAGUUUCUACAGCAGACUCGGCCAGGCUCACUCUGCUGAUAACACCUUCCUGCUGACCCGCCUGCAGCUCUGGCGUCUGUUCAAAGACUGUUACAUUCACCAUCGAGGCAUCACUCUGACACAGAUCGACCGUUUGAUCAGAGAUUUCAGUGCAUUAGGGCCACACUCUCCUUUCACUCCCAUUCUUCUUCAUGGGCUCCUCAGCUGUCUCGUGGUUGUGUCCUACCACAUCUACCAUAAGGAAAUGAUGUCGCAAAAGAACCUUCUGGCUGCCUGCUUUUCUAAACUGAUGACGGACAACAUCCUUCCUAAUGCCAAGACUUUAAAAGGUUUUCUGUUCAGGCAGCCAGACUGUGCAGUUGUGGCCUUGAACUACUUUCAGAAAUGUUUGGAAAUCUAUCAGGCUUACUGCAAAGAUUUCACAGCCCCCAGAGACGAGCAGACCAUGACCUGCAGACACCUGCUGUGGAUCUUCAAGGAUCUCCAUCUGCUGGACAACAACCUGACAGUCGAGAAAUUACUGGAGAUCAUCACUUCAGAGAGCAAUGACCCCAGCAACUAUUCCUCCUGUCUGGAUCUGGAGAUAACCUUCCUGGAGUUUUUUGAGGUGCUUCUGGGCUCUGCUGAGGUGAAGUGUCAGCAUUUGUGUCGGCCUGGAGGAGGAGGAGGGCCGUCAUCGUUAAGUCCCGACACAGAGGCCAGGAGAGACCUAAAGCUGGAGGCUGGAGAGAACAUGUCAGGAAAACCUGAAGGAUCAUCAGCUGCUGAAGAAGCCGAGAGUCGACCAGAUGUCAAGACUGAAGAAACAGCAAACUUCCAUCUGAAGUUUCCUCCUGUUCACUCAGACAAGCAGAGGAGUGAGGAAAAGAAGGCAAAGCAAACCAGAAGAGAGGAGGACAAAAGUCAUGAUCAGGAGCUUUGGAGACAGACAGUCCAUCAGUUCUUCAACCACUUUUUCUUCCCGGCAUAUGAACAUGACCAGUUAGUGUCCAAAAACAUGAAGGAAGAGACGCUCUGCAAGGAGAACUAGAGGAGGCAUCGCUUUGGCCGAAGUCUAGGAGACAGCCAGGAAGUUCACUUCUACGAGUCCCGGCUAAGAUGCAAAAUAAGACUCUGUACAAACAUCUUCCUAUCAUCUAAGGCUGACUUAGCUAAAGCGUGA